UGCGACAAUAACAAUAACAACACAUCACAGCAUUCAAUGGACUCUUCUUCAAGUGCCGGUCGGUCUGUUGCAAGGCACUGUUUUAUCAAGGGAGGGCAGGAUUUCAUGUUGGUGGGGAUAAAUGCAAUCUACACCACACCAAACCGCGUCCGCUCAGGCUGUUUUCUGCUUGGUACUGCACUGCACGUCUGCAGCGUGCACCCCAAGAACAAAAAUGUGCGAAUACUCGUCACUGCCCUUCCGAGGAUCAUCGAGACAAUCAUUCUUGCAACCUUUUUGGGACGAAGCUACGAAGUAGGACCGAUAUUGAGUGAAUUAAUCGUCCCGCGCUUGAGGCUCAGCCUCCAGACUCCAGCUCAGCAACCACUGACAACAAAGGUGGCGUCGCGUAGUGAUAUUCGAGGGAAUCAAUCCAUCCAUCCAUCGAAAGUCAAGUCACGAAAUCAGCACUCCCCAAUAGUCCCUCCAUCCUCCCAGGCUCCCCUACAGCUUCAAGCAAUUUACCGACCACCCCUCCAACCAAUCACCCUGCCAUAG